AUGGAUCGAGUGUUCCAAAUGGCGGCGGAGAGGCCGGUGGUGGUGUUCAGCAAGAGCACGUGCUGCAUGUGCCACACCAUCAAAACCUUGUUCUUCGACUUUGGCGUCAACCCCACCGUCUACGAGCUCGACCAGGUCCCCGGUGGCCGGGAGAUCGAGCAGGCCUUGGCUCGACACGGUGUUGCCGGUGACUUUCCGGUGGUGUUCAUCGGCGGGAACCUUGUCGGCGGCGCCAAUGAGAUCAUGACCCUUCAUCUCAAUGGUUCCUUGUCUGCCAUGCUCAAACGGGCUGGCGCUCUGUGGCUCUGA